AUGGCUUCAGCGGGUCGCGCCGCCGCAAAACUAGACUGGACGAAGCUCCCAACGCAGCUGUCGCUGCGCGGAAGCACGGCCACCUCACUCUCAAACUUCAAGAAGCGCAACGACGAUGCUCGCCGCAGAGUCCAACAAUUACAAGAUCAACCCACGUCCGUUGACUUCAGCUACUACCGCUCAGUCCUCAAGAACACCGCUGUGAUCGACGAGAUCGAGUCAUACUUUAAGAGCUUCAAGCCCAAGACCUACGAUGUCGAGAAGCAGGUUCGCAGUAUUGAGGCAUUCGAGCAGGUUGCUGUGAAGAAUGCCGAGGAGACCAAGGGCAAGGUUGAGGUCGAGCUGAAGAGCUUAGAGAAGGCUUUGGGCGAUAUUGAGGGUGCUCGCGGAUGGGAUGAGUUGACUGUGGACGACAUCGCGAAGGUGUCGCCAGAGAUUGAUGAGUACACGGAGAAGUUGGUUUCGAAGGGCCGAUGGAUGCCGCCCGGAUACUACGACAAAUUCCCCAACCUCACAGUAUUGUAA